AUGUCCACCCAAAGAAAGCUUGCACACCACUCGGAGGAGCGCAUUGACCGACUGCGGUCGGUGAUUCUCAAAUCUAUUUUCAUUGGCGGCAUGUACGGAGCACUGAUCUCUGUUCCUUCGGAAUUGCUUCUUAGGUGGAGGUCUCCAUUCUACAGAGCAUUUGGAUUGCGGAUCCGUAUUUUCUACCACACCAUUUGGAUCGCCGCAGCGGCGUCGUUCCGUACAGAGCGUGCUGUGCUCGAGUUUGAAAACGUGGUGCGUCGCGAAGAGGAACUCCGUCGACAACAGCUUAUAGAGGACAGCGUGAUGAGUGGCAGCUAUACGCAAGAGCAGGAAGGAGUGCGGUUACCUAGAGCGUGA